GUAGUAUCUCGGUAUAAACAGACGCGUGCCUUUAGUCUGGUGAGAUUAUCCUUGGGUUGAAUGCUAGAAUGCAAUUCACCAUCGCACAGACUGAGAAGGGGAACGACUCUUUGGGAGUAUGUUAUAUGAUUUACGACAUUUACCUGGAGGGAUUUCUCUUUUGUAAACUAAGGUACAGCCAGCUCCAUAGAUGGAAUGAAAAGUUGAGGCGUUAUUUUGGGAGCAAUCUUGUGCCACAUUUUCCACCUAAGAGUUAUCUCGCACAAACCGAGUCUACAGCUGAAGAAAGAAGACUUCAAUUACAGCAGUAUCUUCAGAAAGUUGGAGAGGAUCCUGUUAUAUCUGUCAGUGAAAUAUUCACCACUUUAUUAAAGAAUGCACAACAGGAAACUUUUAAAAUUUGUGCACGGGCUAUUCUCUUGGAGAUUCUUCUUGCAGAUGGGAAAAAGCUUCUGAUUGACACCCACACAACUCACUCAGCAGAGCGGAUGUUGGAGAUUGUUGCCCAGAAGGUUGAAUUGUCACGGCAGUUUUUGGAACAUUUCGCCCUCUACCUCGUCCGUGAACUUCCUAAUCAAGGAUAUUCUGUGCUGAAAAGGUUGAAUGCGUUUGAACUGUCAUAUGUGAGUCUCUGGAGCCUGCAGGAUGAGAACUGCAAAAUAAUGAUCAGGAAAAGUUAUUUGGAUCCAUUAGAAAACAAAAUACUCAUGCAAAGUAAUGUUGGUGUCUCAUUAUUAUACAGCCAGGCUACAUAUGAGCUGGAACGAGGCUGGGUUAGUCCUACUGAGGAACAAUACCAGCAGCUGAAAGCUUUCCAAAAUGCAGAAAUGAAGAGAGAGUUCCUUGAAACUAUAGAGGAAGUAAAGUUCUAUGGAUAUGUACUGUUUGAGGCCUGCACCUGUGAUUAUCCAGAACCCAAUUCUCCUUCUAUUGUUCGUGUGGGCAAAGAUGAGAUUAAUUGCUGCAUCCAGUUACCAAGUAACCACAUCAAGGAGGUUAGCUUCAAGGUUAAUAGAAUAAGGUGCUGGAAAAUCAGCCUGCAGAUAACAGAAGAAACAGAACUGAAACAGAAACUGAGUUUUGAAUACCAAGAUAGUCAAGAUUUCAGGCAAUGGAUUACAAUUUACACUUACCAGGCCUUUCUACUUAGUAGAUGCAUACAAGAAAUUGUAAAAGAGAAACUGAAGAUACAUGCAGGAUAUACAGAAAUGCAGAUUGAAAAUGCAAAAUCAAACUGUAGGACCACACCCUGGAAUCCGUUGACUGCUUUGAGUAAGUAUCCUGGAGCUGUGCAACAAAAAAAGUUACUCAAGACAUAAAAACCCAGAGAAAGCAUAUUUGAAUAAGUCGCUGAUGAGAACCUGUGACCACAAUCAGAGUCUGAAAAUGCAAUAUUAACACAUUUGAUUGUACAAUGCUUGAUUGCAUUUGGAGUGGAUAUUGCACAUAAUCUGCUUUCAUUAUUUAACAGAAAAGUAUACCUCUGGAGCUUCAAAUCACUCAUUUGGGAAGCCAUAAACCAUUGACAUUGCGUUUGGUUCAGUCUGAGCUAUUUCGACUUUUCUCUGUUUAAAUGCAUGUUGAGGAUUUCUGUGCAAUGGAUUUCUCUGCAAUGUAUGUGUAAUUUCUACGAUUGAGGUUAAAUGUCGCUAGGAAUGCAAUGGAUUUAUGAUUUAUUUUCUCCACUUAGUAUUUGGCUACUCGCAAACUUAUCAAUGAUACAAUAGGUCAUAUUAAUUGCUCAGUUUUAGUACUUGAAUUAGGUCUUUAUAGAUCCUGAUUGUCUUUACAUUUAUUAAUCCAAGAAAUGUGCAAAUCAGUUUCUAUGUAACAUUUGUUUAAACGUUUAAAUUAAUGUUUUUCCAUUUGAUUCAAUACUUUUGGUAGGAGUCCCUAAUGGGCCUCCUCAAGUCUAAACACAUAGGUAAUGCUUACGGUUGAUCUGCGGAAGAGUUUGGCCUUUGAGAGGAAUAAACCAGCUUUCGUUAUCUUGUUUCAGUAUUUCAGUUCCCUUUCUGGGUUAGGUAUUUUGUUUGAGAUGCAGAAAUUUAGACCAGACUAUAGCAGCACAAACAGACAAAUAUUUAGUAUUUCUGCAUUUUAGACGUCAUUGUACUUGCAGGCAAAUUUUGGAUACAUCUGCACAAAUUUCUACACCCCAGCUUUAUAUAAAAAAAAUCCAACUAUUGAUACAGUCUGUGAUAUUACUGGGAUACAAGAAAUGAGACAUAUAAAUGAGAAAGAUCCAGCACUGACUACAGUAAUAUCUGAAAUAUAAACAAAUUCUGAAGUAUUAAAGUUAAUUAGCAUGUCUACUUCCCAAAGUUCUGAAUUCUUUAGUAAAUCUUGGCCCUGCUAAUAUUCUGAAGACAUCACUACUUGUCUAGAUAUCCAAGUAUUUAGUUACAAAUUAACUCUUAGUAUCGAAGAUUUACGAAUUAGAAUAAGCUUUAUAAGGUAUUUUCAUUACUUUGAUCUGUGGAAUUGGGAAAAAAAAGUUUAAGCUGCUUUCACUGGUGGUGACACAGAAUAGAAGUAGGAUAUGCUUUCUUUUUGAAUUGACUUUUAAAAUUGAGUCAUUUGAAAUGUAAUUUGACAGCUUGUAUGUUGAAGCUCAAAAACUUUGGGAGAUUUUUGUAUUGAAAAGUUUCAUGAUAAUUCAUAUUA